UCUGAGCUUUCGGAAGCAACUCAUUAAGUGAUUUUAAACGACCUGGCGCGGCAUGAUCGGUGAAGUUCUACAAUUUAACUACCGAUUAGCGGUAGUAAUUAGAAGGUGCUCCUAACUAAUUGUCAGGGCUUGCCAUGGGCCCAGAGAAGCAUGUGCAUAGCACACUGACUGCUAUAGAUCAGUGGUGUAACUGCAUGUUUUGGAGGCUCGUCCAAUCGUACUUGGAACAAGUACAACUUGGUGGCAUUGACUCGGUUCAUUCCCUCCUGAACGCUCGGCAGUGCCGGUCGCAUUUGGCGUUAACGCGACGGGAAUCAGGCGGGUGAUAAUACAAAAACCGGUAUUUUCAAAAGUUGAAGUUAAAUGAUUAAUAUUCCUCUUCUGCAAUCGACGAGCCAGUGAAACUGUUUAUUCCAAGAUUUUUUCUACAACGAGUUCAUCGCGGUUUUAGCGAAAGGUUAAAGGUAGAAAUGCGAUUAUUUUGCGGUACUUGUGACUGAAGGAGUGAGGAUUGUACACAAGCUGUAGUGACUAUGAAGCAGGAGCCGGACCACUGUAUUUUGGAUAUUAACGACGAAACAGAAUGGCUCAUGGAUGAUGACUGUCCACUGCCUGUGGAUGAUUUCCUCGAGGCUCUGAGCUCGGAAUUGGAGAUUCCCCUCCUUCUGAAUGGAGAGGGAUCGCCUGAUCACGAUGAGAGCCCCGACGAGAUAAUGAGAAAUGCAUCGAUCGAUUCAUUUCCGAAUUUGGAAAAACUGGGAUUGAAUUUUAAUGAGCUGGAGAAUGUAUUCUCCACCAUUAAUGAUAACAAACCGGCUGGCAAUGUCAUUGAGUGCGAGGGGAACUCGCGAUUCCCACCCUCUCCAAGUCCAAGUCACUCGGAGUCGAGUCUGUCCGAGUGGCCAAGUGACUUUCCAACGAGUGUCAAGUUGACCCUGGAGACACCACCAAUAUCUCCACCUCAGAAUGAAUCCCCACCGGUUUCACCGUCUCCAAACGUCACUUCUCCCUUUCUUCAUCCCAUUAAACUCAUCCCGGUCUCGACGAGCGAUGAAUCUCAACCGAAAAUCCCUCCCCAACGAGCGCAUAAAUUCGUCCUGACGAAGGGAAAUCCGUCGAAAAGACCAGCUGCACCAGCACCCAAUACUGAACAACCGAAAAAAAUGAUCGUACUGAGUGCACAAGAUUUCGCAGCACUGACAAAAAAAUUCAAACAAAAUGGUCCAAGCGUACAACCCCUGAAAAUUCAAACCCUGAAGACGCGACAGGUGAUAAAUCCUCCGAAACCGGAAAUGCCUAAGCCUCAGAAUUUACCUGCAAUCGAUGAUAAGAAUCAGGUAAAGAUCAUCAACGCCUUUCCACAAAUAAAAAUCGGGAAGCAAGAGGUGAUGCCGGCCGAGGCUAAAAUCCUCUCGUGUCCCCCCGUGAUAAUAAAGAACGAGACUCCAAACAUUCCGCAGAUUCUCAUAAAGAAUGAGAUGCCCCAGGAGCUGGCGAACUUCACAGCUCGUCAGGAGUGCGAACUGAAGGCUUUGAAACGCCAGCAGAGAAUGAUAAAAAAUCGGGAGUCCGCCUGUCUCUCCCGCAAGAAGAAAAAGGAGUACGUGAACUCCUUGGAGAGCCAGAUAGCAGAGCUCCAGGAGGAGAACAACAAAUUGAAAAUGGAAAAUUCACUGUUGAAGCAGCGAUUGAACUCUUUCGACAACUCGUCUCGUCACUCAAGUGAUUCUAAAGCCAAUGUUAGGCUCAAUGUCAACCGGAAGAACACUGCUAUCGUCUUGGCGAUGGUCUUCAUGGUCUCCUUUAACAUGCUGUCAAGUAUAAAUUUAUUCUCUGUAGAUCGCCGACCUGACAGUCUCCUCUCCGAAGACAUUCCACUGUCCCUCCCCAACGUCAGACACGGGAGAUCCCUCCUUUGGAAAGCAGAGGAACCAGAGGAGGAGAUCAAACCCAACAAGACGGUUGACGAUCACCCGAUGUGUCCGAUGUACAUAAAUCAGACGGAAUCCCUGCGACUGGACUACGAACUUCGAAGGUGGAUUGGAGGAAGUUCCAAUAAACAGAACUAUCGAAAGGAUGUAGUCAAGCCAGAUUCCAGGUUCAAUUCGCCUCUGGGAAAGAUGCUUCUUCCCAGGAUGAGGCACCAGGAGAAGAUUUCAAAUGAAGUUAAGAUUGCGCCGCAGAAGAAUGAGACAGAAUCGGCGGUGAACGCUGUAGAGAUCUUCUCACCUGUCACCAAGGACUACGCACGCAUCUUCGAUACACUUAGGAGACGAGAUGACACAUUCUAUGUUGUCUGGUUCAGCGGGGAAAACCUGCUGCUCUCUGCCUCGAGACAAAAUAAAACCGUCAGGCCGAAGAUGUCUCUGGUUUUUCCCGCUCCAGUCAACACAAGUAGUUCACCCUCCGAGCAAAUCACUAUGAUGCAAAUUGAUUGUGAAGUCACUGACACACAGUUGGUGCAUAUCUCGAAAUCCGAUAUACCGGAAAAUUUGAAGAAAAAUCAGGAAAAGGGGGAAAACCGGGAGGCAGGAACUCCGAAUAAAAUUAAAGAGUUUGAAAAACCGUACGUUUCCGAACAGAAAAUCGACAAUUUCUCUGAUCAGCGACCUUACAUUAUCAAUGACAAGUUUAAUAAUUAUAAUGUUGAAAAUAAUUUAGUGCAGGUGGAGAAUUCGAAGGCGAGUUUCUUCCGAAAAAAUUUAAGGAAGAACUUGUCCUAAGGGGUGCAAUAAUUUAAGAGAAAUUUUGAGAUGAAAAUUCACCGAAGUUUUUUGGAGAGAAUUACAAUCAUGAUUUUUUAAAAUGAUUUAUUUAUGAUAAACAAAAGUACUUCGAUUCCAUUUUUAUCAUGGAUUGACACUUUUAUAGAGUGGAAUUUCAAUGGGUCUCUUCUUGAGCAUAAUUAAUUAAGAUUAAACAGGAUAUUAUAAGAAGAGUGUAAUUGUAACGAUAAGAGCAACUUUUUUCACUUUGCUGCCAAAUUAAUCAUCGGUUAACCAAUGAUCCAAGUGAUAAAGUGUAAUCAUGACUGACGAAUGCAUAAAAAUACUAGAUAUAUGCAAUAAUUUGUGGAGAUAAUGUUUUAGGAAUAAUCAACCAAGUGCAAAUCACGUGAUACGAUGUACAUAAUACGUUUCUCAAUGUCUCCGUAUAUUAGAAUUUAAGGUAGUAAAAUGAAUUGUACAAUUGAUUCGAUCUUUUUCCUUUGGAGCACCGCUUGCCUCACGCUACAAUUUUUUUCACCGAAAGUAGGUUUGUAAGGGUCUGAUAAACUUCGGUUUCUCGUGUGUUUAUUUCACACAAAGGGGAAAGGAAUAAAAGCCACUGUUCCAAUGAUGAAUAACUCGAAAUAGGCAGAGUGAAGUUUAGCGAUUUUUUUCACUGCAGAGGCAUUUUUUGAGGCUUUAAAACAACACUUGAUUCGUCGCAAUUGCCUCAUUCGUUCACGAGAUAUUGGAAAUCCAAGGCCGAUUUAUCCUCCAUUUCCCCGAUAACUAGAUGAUAAGUGAUAUGUACCAGUAUUGAGGACAUGCGAGAGAUAAUUAUAAAAGAAUUUAUUAAAAAAUAAAGUGAUUAUCUUGGCACAAUUCAUAAUUGCGAAACAAACGUCAAUAACUGAGUUAUUUCAAAUCAGGAGUAGAACUUCCCAAAUAUGUUUCCAAGUCAGUUAUAGUUGAUUUUAUGAUCUUUGCUUUUAUGGUCGGCCUGCCAAGGCGUUUGUGAGCUGUGUAUCGGUGGCAGCCCCCAAAUGAGUAAUAAUAAUCACCACCUGGAAUUUUUUUUUCACCGAAUUUAUCAAAUAAAAUUGUGAACUGUUGGAAGGGAAA